GUCAGCUCUUGUAUUAACCACUUCAGUCGGCGUUAAUACUCUUUUUAGUAGCUGAUUUUGUGGACGGUAGAGCGUUUUUAGUAGUUUAAGCGUUGUUGGAUAUUUAAACGAUUUUUCGGCAGAUGGAACUUUUUUGUAAAGUUGGUUCUUGGGUCAGGACCUACCGAAGCGCUUUUGCAACACUACUAUGGAGUUUCUAUACGGUCUACUUUUCUCCUUCGCUAUUCUAUGCCGAGGAGCAGUCAGGGCCACUCGCUCCGUACUGGCCCACACAGACCCUGAAUCCAAGAGACCUCUUCUGGCCGAGAACACCUCCGGCCUCAAGAAACGUCCAAAGACAAUAUCAUCCCUGGAUGACAUGGGGACAGCAGCUGAUUCUGUGGAACCCCCGCUACCUGAUGUGGUGGUCAGAGUGGGGCCAGCGGGGCGUUUGUCCCAUUCUCUCCCCACUAUUAAAGAGACUUUUGCCUCGACCAGCCUCCAAAUCGUCAUUCCGUUCUUCAUCGCAGGCAUCGGAAUGGUCGGUGCCGGCAUCUACCUGGACAUGGUUGCGAGGUGGGAAGUCUUCAUAAAAGUACCUGAAAUCAUAGUAUUAGUACCAGCAUUGUUAGGAUUGAAAGGAAAUUUGGAAAUGACCCUUGCAUCCAGGCUCUCAACUGAAGCGAAUCUCGGAAACAUGGAGGAUGCUAAAGAGCAGUGGAGCAUGAUCACGGCUAACCUAAUUCUUGUUCAGUGUCAGGCGACGGUAGUGGGGUUGCUGUCUUCCAUUGUUGCUGUUGUGAUGGUGGCGAGCAUCAGGAACGACUUCAGCGGUCAUCACACCUUGCUCCUGUGUGCGUGUAGCACGCUCACUGCGUCCAUCGCCAGCUUUAUACUAGGUCUGGUCACUGCAGCUGUGAUAGUCCUCUCCAAGAAGAUGCACAUCAACCCAGACAACAUUGCCACCCCAAUAGCUGGGAGUCUUGGAGACAUCACAUCUCUGGCCUUACUGUCUGUCAUUGCAGACUUCUUCCACCGAACCGCUGAUGAGUUGCCGCUUCUCCCCGUAGGUGUUAUAGUUUUGUACAUAGCAGUUAUGCCAUUUUGGUAUUGGAUCUCUAAGAAUAAUAAAUACACAAGAGCUGUGCUUUACUCAGGAUGGACUCCUGUGAUAGUCGCAAUGUUGAUCAGCACGCUUGGAGGAAUGAUUCUAGAUGAGAUGGUUAACAAACACAAAGGAGUCGCGGUGUUUCAACCGGUCAUUAAUGGGGUGGGGGGUAACCUUGUGUCCAUCCAAGCCAGUAGGCUCUCCACGGCUCUUCACCAGAAGGCAGAACUGGGCUUCCUACCUGACGACGUCACUGUCUGGUCUUCCCCUUGGAGCGCCUUCUUCUCAGACACUCCGCACGCUCUGACAGCUCGAGUGCUCAUGACUCUGAUGGUGCCGGGACAUACUCUGUUUGCCUAUAUCAUCAACUACUUCAAGUUUGAAGAUCAAUCUCUUACUAUUGCCUUCCUCAUCUCAUAUCUGAUAGCUGCUGCUAUACAGGUUGCCAUACUGUUGUAUGUAGCGUAUGGCUUGACCCAUGUGUUCUGGCGACGUAGGAUCAACCCGGACAAUAGCACCAUCCCCUACCUCACAGCUAUGGGAGAUCUGCUCGGCAUUGUACUCCUCGGCUUAACCUUCGAGUUCCUUUCGCUCAUUGGAGAGCCUAUGACUAAUUAAGAGUAGGAUAGGGAAAAUAUAAAGCAAUUAAAUGACUGUGAUUUUGCCUUGGUGCAUGUUAUCUAAAUUAAAAAUUUAGAAUGUUUUUAA